CUAAUCCCAUAUACCCCGACACUCAACAGCCCACCUCCACCCCCUCCUCCUCCCGCCGUCGCGAAAUCCAACAGAUUAUGGAGUACUCUUCUAGUGAAGAUGAUGAGCUCAUCGACCACUAUGUUGAUCUUGAAGACGACAUCCCUAUCUCUGAUGUCGAUCAACGUUCCAAUGAAGUUACUGUUCCACUUCAUUUCUUAGAACACGGAGAAAAUUCUAUGGCUGCUGUCAGUAAUACCAUCGGGAGCGAUCUACUGUCCACCGAUGGAGAUGUAAAAAACAUAGAUCCAUAUCUAAACAUGGAGUUUGAAUCAGAUUCUGCUGCAAGAGCAUUCUAUCAUGCUUAUGCCCUUCGGCUUGGAUUUGGGAUUCGUGUAGCUCGGUCUCGUAGAGAGAGAAGAAAAGGUGUCGAGGUUUUGGUCAUGAAGAGAUUCGUCUGUUUAAAAGAAGGUCAUCACAAGAAGAAGGUUACUGAUCACACACCAAAAAAGAAAAGGAAGCGUCUUUCGAUCAGGGAUGGGUGUCCGGCAAUGAUGGAAGUUGUUCGAAGAGGGCCAGACAAAUGGGUGGUUACUAAAUUAGUAUUGGAUCAUACACAUAUUGUCGUUAGUCCCGAGAGAAUUCGUGAGAUCCAAUAUAAUCGGUUAACGGGUAAAGAGAGGGAGCAUGAUACCUACUUGAGAGAAAUGAGGCAGAAAGUGUUCGGAGAUGGAGAUGCUCAAGGAAUCCUUGAGUAUCUGCGGAAAGCUCAGGCAGCAAACUCGGGCUUUUUCUAUUCAAUGCAAGUAGAUAGUAGAAAUUGCAUAACUAAUGUUUUUUGGGCUGAUAUUCGAGCUAGGUUGGCCUACAAUUAUUUUGGGGAUGCGGUAACAUUUGACACUAGUUAUAAGAAGAAUGAAAAAAUGUUGCCAUUUGCUACAUUUACUGGUGUCAAUCAUCAUGGACAGCCUGUUAAUUUUGGAUGUGCUUUGGUUAUUGACGAUACUCCUUCAUCUUAUGCUUGGUUAUUUGAGACAUGGUUGAGUGCAAUGUUCAAUCGUCAACCACUCUCAUUUACCACCGAUCAAGGAAACUCUAUAGGAGUGGUAAUUGCAAAGGUGUUUCCAAAUACUCGUCAUCGUUUGUGUAAGUGGAAUAUCCUAUCGCGAUGCAAGAAGAAAUUGUCUGAUGUGUACUCUACCUAUCCUACUCUUCAUGACGACUUGAAGAAAUGUGUCAUUGAGUGUGAGACAAUUGAGGCUUUUGAAGCGUAUUGGAGAUUGAUUGUUGAUAAAUACAAUCUAAGAGAGAAUGCUUGGCUUCAGUCACUUUACAAUAUUCGCCAUAAAUGGAUACCUGCAUAUCUAAAGGGUUCGUUCUUUGCUGAAUUCUCUGCAACUCAAAGAUUAGAAAGCAUGAACAGGUUCUACAGGAAUCACUUUGAUACACAAAUCUCUUUACAAGCUUUUAUUGACAAAUUUGAUCAAGCCAUUGACGAGAGAUAUGAGAAAGAAGAGAAAGAUAAUUUUGCCUUGUAUAGUAGGCAUAUUUUGAAGACAAGUUCGCCGAUGGAGAAACAAGCAGCUGAGCUUUAUACAAAGACAGCAUUCGAAAAGUUUCAGCUUGAAUUGCUUGAAGCUUUCAAUCACUAUGUAGUGAAAAUUCAGGAGGGGGCUAUCAGCAAAUACUCGGUAGACAAAAAUGGGAAUGGACGAAACAGGCAUUUUGUUGCUUUUAAUGCUUCUGAAAAGAAAGCAGUUUGUAGUUGCUUCAAGUUUGAGGUUUCUGGAAUUUUAUGUAGACACAUUUUGGGGGUUUUGCUGCUAAAUGGUGGAAUAUCGAUCCCAGAGCACUACAUUUUAAGGCGAUGGACGAGGAAAGCAAAGACUGGUAUUGGAUCUGAUGAUCGAAGUUCCGAAGUACGAAAUUACAGUCAGACUUCGUCAAUGGCUCGGUACAGUGAGCUUUUUAAUGAUGCUAUUAAGUUUGCUGAAAAGGGAUCAACAUCUCCAGAGAGUUAUAAGAUUGCAAAGGAAAUGCUGCAGAAAGCUUUUGCUGAGAUUGUUGGUCUUGAAGAAAGUGUGAUUAAUGCAGAUACUAACAUUGGCAGAAAUUGAAAAGAAAACGAUCAGUGUUGGUUUAAUUGGUGAAAAUUGAGGAGAAAUUAGUGACUAUGUUAACUAAUUUCGACUUAGUAAAGCAUAUGGGUCUUCUUUGAAUUUUGUAGGUGUAACGUAAUACUUCUUCAGGACUUCAGUGUGCAUAAGAGUUCAUGAUCAAUAAAUGGCUUCUCUUAUUUGGCCUUGUUCUGUGA